CAACUGGAGCUCCAAUGAACUAUGACGUCAUUACAUGUAGAUCACUGAUCUACUGGCGGUAGGCAAGCGAAAUAAGAGCGCUGAUACUUGUUAUUACAUCUGAUACGGUAACCAUCGAAAUUUGUAUUACGAAUUCUAUUUUCACGGUCUAUUAUUUCAAUAAAUAUAGUUUGUUUAUCAUAAAUCUAAUAUUUGUCUGUGGAAAGUAAUGGUGAAUGGAGUUUUAAAUCAUGGGAUUCUGUUGUUGUGUACCCAACUGUCGCGGGAAUUAUCAGAAGACUUCAAAAGUUUCUGUAUUUUCUUUUCCGAAAGAUGAAACUUUGAAAAGAAAAUGGAUACAAGCGAUAAGAAGGAAGAACUUUAAUCCUACAAAAUCUUCAAAGGUAUGUGAAAAGCACUUUGAUGAUAGGGAUAUCAUCAAAGUAGUAAGAGCAUACAACGAGCAUGGAGAAAAUCUGGAAGCCAAACUCGAUAGAGUCAAGUUGAAAGAAG